AUGGGUGAUUCCUCUUUGGAAAAGCCAAUCGAAUCAGAAAAUAGUUUGGAAUAUGUUUGCAAAGAUUCUACGAACCCUAAAAAUGAUACUUUGGUCCUGAAGAAUGGUGUGAUCGACAGGCAGUGUCAAGAGUCGUCAUUGAAGAAAGCCAACAGCAACGUUAAUCAUGCAGUCAACCAUAGUGUAAAUUGCAGCACGAAUGAUAACUGCGUGAAAAUUCAAGAUAGCGACAACACAGUGGAAAGUUCUGAUGAUCAACAAGGCAUAGUAGCGAAUGGAUCACAACUGUGUGAUGAUAGUAGUGGAAAUGAAGAACCUCUGUGUUCGAAGGAAUUAAAUUUUGAUAAAACUGUUAGAGAAGUACCUAUAGAUACUAAUAAAGAAGGUCUAAAUGGCUGUAGUGAAAGCAGAGAUGCUUCAGAAGCGUUCUCAUUGAUGGUCAUAAAAGAUCAGGAGAUAGAUAAGGAAAUUCAGUUCAUACAAUAUGAGUCUGAAAAACAGCUCCCAGAUUUGGUUGCACUGAUAACAAUUGAUCUUUCAGAACCAUAUUCAAUUUACACAUACCGAUACUUCUUACAUAAUUGGCCACAUUUAUCUCACUUGGCCUAUGAAAAUAAUGUUUGUGUUGGUGCUAUUGUGUGUAAGCUGGAAAUACACAGAAAAAGUGUCAUGAGAGGCUAUAUUGCCAUGCUCGUUGUCCAUAGAGAUUACAGGAGGUGCAAAAUAGGUUCGUCACUUGUGAAGAAAGCAGUGCGAAAGAUGAAGGAGCAUGGAUGUGAAGAGGUUGUUCUAGAGACCGAAGUUACCAAUAAAGCAGCCUUGCAACUCUACGAGAACCUUGGCUUUGUUCGAGAUAAGCGACUUUUCCGUUAUUACUUGAACGGGGUCGAUGCGUGGAGGCUUAAACUUUGGUUGAAAUAGCCCUAUACUUUUGCUUGCAUUGUUUGUAUUUUAUUUAGCAUGGCCUAAUUCUGUUUACAUUUUAUGUCAAAUAUUCACCGUUUUACAUUUGAGAUCAUAGUUUUCAUGAAAA